UCGCGCUUUAGGAUUUUUUUUGUUUCAUUCCGCGAUUAUUGGAUUACUCAAAAAUGUCGGAUUUAUCUAUGAAACAAUAAAUAAUAAAAAUAAAAAGGAUUUAAUUGAGUUAAAAGGAUAACCAAAACUCAUUUAUAAAAUAAUAAAAAUAAAAGAAUUUAAUGAAUAAAAAUCUUUCAUCACAAGAAGAAAAUAAAAUUCAAAAGAGAAGAGAUCUACGAGUGUAUUUGUGAAAAUAUUAUUGAUUUAAUAAAAGAAGAAAAUAUAAAGAAAUAUUUCGUUAAAAAUUAAGCGAGAAAGACUAGAAAGAAUUUAAUAAGAAAUCUAUCAAAAAGAUUUCAUUCCAACAGUGUCUUCCACAGAAGGGCUAAGAUUGGCACAACUUUGCUUUAAUUUAGUUCUUUAAAGCGUGUAAUUUGAAAGAGAUCUUACUUCUCACAGUGCAUCAACGAGUGGAAAAAAAAACGAGAAGAACACGACAGAUCUUAAAUUAAGUGUAUGUGCAGUGAAGACGACUUAUCCAAAAGAUUUUUCUUUUCUGUCGAUUUCUCAGCUUCUAAUUGGCUGAAAAGUAAGAAAGAUAAUAAACGAAAAAGAGAAAUUAAAUUCCGCGUGUUAAUAUUACCAAAAGAAAAGAAUUAAAAAAAUAUUUUCAUUUCCAACAGUUUAUAGUUUCGAGAAAAAAGAUAAAAAAAUAAAUGUGUCAGUGAAGGCAGAAAGAGAGAAAAACAAGCACGGAAUAUUAGUGACUAGUGACUUGAAACGUAAUCGAAAUCAAAGAAUCUUAUCAGAAGAAAGAAAGAAAAAAAGUCUCAAAAAAGUGAAAGAAUUUUGUGGUUGUGCAUGAGAAACAUGAUAGCAGAAAUAAACGAGAUGAGAUGUUAAAAGAAAGAACAGAAUAAAUACACGACAUAAUUGAAACGCGAGUGUGUGUUCGUGGACCUCGAAUUAAAGAGGAACAAGUUAAAGAGAAGAAAAAAUAACUUUUGUUAUCAGCAGCAGUAACAGCAGCAGCAGCAAAAGAAAAAAGAAAGAAACAAAGAACAAGAAAUUUGAACGUUGUUCAAUGUGUUUUAAAGCCCAUCGCAAGGAAUCGUCUUCUGAUAAAUUGUGUGUGCACUUUAUGUAGAAGAACAUAAAAAAAAUGCUCGACUAGCCUCCAGCAACAACCAGAGACUCUGAAGUGAAAAACCAGAUAAAAAAAACGUUUCGU